GGGAUGUAAGGCGUAAUAGCUGGUACUUGAACAGUGAGUGUUUUGCUUUACCUUCUGAGCAAGUGACAGGCACACGGGAGGAGGGAGAAGUUUUUUGUAGCUUCGCUUGCUCCUCUUCAUCAUGGAGACUCGGGCACAUUUCACCCGUGAGGAAAUUAACAGCACGGUGUGGGAAGUCCAGGAGAAAUACACGCACCUGAAACAGAUAGGGACCGGGGCUUACGGCUCGGUAUGCUCAGCACUAAAUGAGAAGAAUAAAGAAAAGGUGGCCAUUAAAAAGCUCCACAGGCCUUUCCAGUCAGAGAUCUUUGCUAAGAGGGCCUACCGAGAGCUCCGACUGCUCAAACACAUGAAACAUGAAAAUGUGAUAGGACUUAUCGAUGUGUUUACACCUGCCCUAAGCCUGGAUGACUUCCAGGACUUCUACCUGGUAAUGCCUUACAUGUUUACUGACCUGUCAAAGGUGCGGGGUCAACUCUCAGAAGACAAAGUCCAGUUUCUUGUCUACCAGAUGCUUUGUGGACUCAGGUACAUUCAUAAGGCUGGGAUUAUCCACAGGGAUCUUAAGCCUGGAAACUUGGCUGUUAAUCAAGACUGUGAACUAAAGAUCCUGGACUUUGGGCUGGCUCGCAGUACUGAUGCUGAAAUGACAGGCUACGUGGUGACCCGUUGGUACCGGGCGCCUGAGGUC